CGCGUAGGACGAUCCCGCGUCCCGGCUGCCUCCCCGAACCUCCAGGGCGGCUGUCUCUGUUCUUCCGCCGGGCCUUGGCGUCUCUCUCAUGCCACCUUCCCCUGCUGUGCAUUCAUUCUACCUUCCCGCGCGCCUGGCACACCUGGUCCCGAGGGGAGCUCGGCCAACGUACGUUGAACGAGUUGGAGAAGGAAGGGCUUCCCGUUAAAGUUGAACUUUGGGUUCAACCAGUGUGGGAGGAAAAGUCGGGACUGAAUAUGGGUGUGUCUCGAUUUUUCCGAGUCUCAUCUUCCUCAUCUGUAAUACAGCGAUCCCGGUGCUCACUUCACAGGGUAACUGUGAGCAGUUAACAGCAACUGCUUCUUAGAGGGAGGCCUUGGCAGUAGCGUGAUUUGCUUUUCUCAGAAAUUACCCGCAGACACGGUCCGAAGCGGCACUGAAGAAAGUGGGUGUUGAAUGGAGGGAUGAAGAGUUGGCUUGGUGCACAGGGCAGCAGGGUGUGAUUCAGGCUGUUGCCGUGGCAGAGUCAGAUAACAGCAUGUGGGAGACACUGCUCUCCCUUGGAAAAUUGCCUGAGUUUUUCGUGAGGAAUGAGGCGCUGCUGGCCUCAUUCCUUCAGUAGCUGCCUGUGCAAGCAUUGUCUGAACAAGGAGGUGUUUGCACCUUAUCUCUAAAAUUCUGUCCCUUGCAAUAGUCCAGAGCUUUUUGUUGCUUUGAUAAUUUUGGAGUCUUGUAUAAUGUUCUCUAGACCAUUUGUUGCAGGAAUGAGGCUUUUUAAGUCUUUCUUAAAGCUGAAAUUGAUAAUAUUUACUUAAGAAUUGAAAAAACCAGGGAAAUCUUUGUAGUGUCGAAUGGCAAAGAUGGGUGUCUCUUCUCAACCCCGCAACGGUCUACACAGCCUCCUUGCAUCCAGCUUCUCUCCACCCACGUAGACUGCCAGUGCUCUUCCUGGGAACUUGGGGCAGAGUUUCCCCAGUGGUUUCCUAAGACGACCGUUUUAGACUCUCCACGGGAGGUUGUGAUGGCGUUUCCUCACCUGCAGCAGCCCAGCUUCUUGUUGGCUAGCCUGAAAGCUGACUCCAUAAAUAAACCCUUUGCACAGCGAUGUCAAGACUUGGUUAAAGUCAUCGAGGAUUUUCCAGCAAAGGAGCUGCAUGCCAUCUUCCCAUGGCUGGUAGAGAGCAUCUUCGGCAGCUUGGAUGGUGUCCUCGUCGGCUGGAACCUCCGCUGCCUGCAGGGGCGCGUGAGCCCUGUAGAGUACAGCAUUGCGAUGGAAUUUCUAGACCCUGGUGGCCCAAUGAUGAAGCUGGUUUAUAAACUCCAAGCUGAAGACUAUAAGUUUGACUUUCCUGUCUCCUACCUACCAGGCCCAGUGAAGGCGUCCAUCCAGGAGCGUGUGCUCCCCGACAGCCCCCUAUACCACAACAAGGUUCAGUUCCCCCCCGCUGGGGGACUCGGCCUGCACCUGGCCCUCAAUCCAUUCGAGUAUUACAUGUUCUUCUUUGCUUUGAGCCUCAUCACGCAAAAGCCACUACCAGGGGCCCUCCAUGUUCGUACUUCAGACUGUGCCUAUUUCAUCCUAGUGGACAGGUACCUGUCAUGGUUCCUGCCCACAGAAGGCAAUGUGCUCCCCCCACUCUCCUCCAGUCCCGGCGGACCCAGCCCCUCACCAGCUCCCAGGACGCCAGCCAUGCCCUUCACUUCCUACGGCCUCCACCAUACCAGCCUCCUGAAGCGACACAUCUCUCACCAGACGUCUGUGAAUGCAGACCCCGCCUCCCAUGAAAUCUGGAGAUCAGAAACCCUGCUCCAGGUUUUUGUUGAAAUGUGGCUUCAUCAUUAUUCCUUGGAGAUGUACCAGAAAAUGCAGUCCCCGCACGCCAAGCUGGAGGUUCUGCACUACCGACUCAGUGUCUCCAGCGCCCUCCACAGCCCUGCCCAACCCAGCCUCCAGGCCCUCCACGCCUACCAAGAGUCAUUCACACCCACAGAAGAACACGUACUGGUUGUACGCCUGCUGCUCAAGCACCUGCACGCCUUUGCCAAUAGCCUGAAGCCAGAGCAAGUUUCUCCCUCUGCCCACUCCCACGCCACCAGCCCCCUGGAGGAAUUCAAACGUGCUGCCGUCCCCAGGUUCGUUCAGCAGAAGCUCUAUCUCUUCCUGCAGCACUGCUUCGGCCACUGGCCCCUCGACGCGUCAUUCAGAGCCGUGCUGGAGAUGUGGCUGAGCUACCUGCAGCCCUGGAGGUAUGCACCUGAGAAGCAGACUCAGAGCAGCGACAGUCAGGCCCGGGCUGUGUCGGAGAGAUGGGCACCCUUUGUGCAGGAAAACCUACUGAUGUACACCAAGCUUUUUGUGGGCUUCGUGGGCCGUGCACUCCGUACUGACCUGGUCAGUCCCAAGAACGCACUCAUGGUGUUCCGAGUGGCCAAAGUCUUUGCCCAGCCCAACCUGGCUGAAAUGAUCCAGAAAGGUGAGCAGCUGUUUCUAGAGCCUGAACUUGUCAUCCCCCACCGCCAGCACCGACUCUUCACAGCUCCCACAUUCACUGGCAGCUUCCUGUCAUCCUGGCCUCCAGCUGUCACCGACACCUCCUUCAAGGUGAAGAGCCACGUGUACAGCCUGGAGGGCCAGGACUGCAAGUACACCCCGAUGUUUGGGCCUGAGGUCCGGACACUGGUCUUGCGCCUGGCUCAGCUCAUCACGCAGGCCAAGCAGACUGCCAAAUCCAUCUCUGACCAGUGUGGGGAGACCACAGUCAGCCGCCCCUUCCUGUCAUGGCUAGGCCUCUGCUCUGUGGACACAAAUGGCUCCUACCCAGCCAAUGAUCUGGAUGACAUGGGGCAAGACAGCGUUCGCAAGACAGACGAGUACCUGGAGAAGGCCUUGGAGUACCUGUGCCAGAUGUUCCGUCUCAGCGAGGCCCAGCUUGCCCAGCUCACACUUGCCUCGGGGACAACUCAGGAUGAAAAUGGAAAGAAACAGCUCCCAGAUUGUAUUGUGGGUGAGGAUGGACUCAUCCUCACACCCCUGGGACGGUACCAGAUCAUUAAUGGGCUUCGAAGGUUUGAUAUCGACUACCAGGGGGACUCGGAGCUGCAGCCCAUCCGGAGCUAUGAGAUCCCCAGUCUGGUUCGUGUGCUCUUCCGCCUGUCGUCUGCCAUCAACCAAAGGUUUGCAGGUCAGAUGACAGCCCUGUGUUCCCGGGAUGACUUCCUUGGCAGCUUUUGUCGCUACCACCUUACAGAGCCCGGACUGGCAGACAAGCACCUGCUGAGCCCUGUGGGGCGGAGGCAUGCAGCCAGUCAUGUCCGCAGUCCCAGGCUCAGCCUGCGCUUCCUGGGCAGCUACCGGACGCUGCUGUCAUUGCUGCUAACCUUCUUUGUGGCCUCUCUUUUCUGCAUUGGGCCCCUGCCCUGUGCCCUGCUUCUCAUACUGGGCUAUCUCUUCUAUGCUGUGGCCAUGACACUGCUAACCGAGCGGGGCAAGCUGCACCAGCUUUAACCAGGGGCCUCUGCCUGUCCCUGAGCAAGCGGGUGGCAUGGCCACAGGACCCCUCCCCUCCACCGGGGAGGCCACAACCAAGCCCAUGCACAGUCACCUUCUAGCUGGUGUUUCCCCACAGCCAUGGAGCCAGAAGAGAACCUGAAGUAAGAAGGGUGAGGGCCAGACUUGGCAAGGACAGAGCUGUGUCAAAAGGCUUAGGACCUAAGCCAGGGACAGGGUCAGCCUGGGGCCCAAACCCUGGGCUCUCUCUCUGUCCCUCCUGCUCUUUGCUGGAGGUCAUCAGUGAGAUGACUAGAGGCCUGGCUUGUGUUUAAUCAUCUUAUGAUUGAAUUGUGUGAAGCUCAGGGGUGAGCCAGGCCUCAGUUGCUGUCCUCUGCCCUUGCUGUCCUUGAGGGGCAGAGUGCAGGGUGACUCUCCUCUCCCUGGGUGUACCAGGACAGUCGCUCACGCCUCCAGCUUCAGGGAAGAAUCAGAGAACCUACAAGAACCCUGAGAAGAUUAGAUCGGUUUUCUUCUGAUUUCAUGCUUCUAAGGCCAAAUUUUGCCCCCAUGGUUGUUCAAGUAAAGGCUGUCCUUUGUGUUCCCCCAGCUUUUCCUGGCCUGGGCUGACAGACCCACUCUUGGAGAGGAAA